AUCUACGGCUGCUCCUAGAGACCACUAGAGGUGUCGAUAGUACUUUAGACCUUCUCUGAGAAGCCAUCCACUUUUCCAAAGCGCACUGUCAAAGGCUUCUAGGUCUUUGUAGCUACAGCUAACUGUUGAUCUGUCAUUCACAGUUUGCCUAGCGAGAACACCUGUACUAAACUGAUUUAUUCGCCUUGCCAUUGCGGCUUUCUCCGGUACUGCGACCAAGCUGGAUUCCCGGAGCUCUUCACCAUGUCUGGCGGGUUUUAGAUACUCGAUGGAGCAGCCGAACUUCUACGAGGUCGCCUUUCGACCACCGAUGACCAGCCUUCCCCAGAAUCAGCAAAGUGCCUUCUACUACAAAGAACCUCCAGUUUCUGGAGACCUGAGUGAGAUUUGCGAGAACGAGAACUCGAUUGACAUUAGUGCAUACAUCGAUCCCGCUGCAUUUAACGACGAAUUUCUGGCAGAUUUGUUUCACCACAGCUCGAAACAAGAGAAAGCCAAGCUGGCCAGCGGUGAUUACGACUACACCCACGGCAGCAGCAACGCGCCUGGGGCUCACCAACAAAUUUACGGCUGUAUGGCCAGUUACAUGGACUCAAAGGAGGAACCAAUGUACGACAACACUUCUGCCACAAGAAUCCGACCUGUGGCCAUCAAGCAAGAACCAAGAGAAGACGAAGACGCAAGUCCGUCGUCCAUGCCACCAACUUACCAUCAUUCUCACCAUCAUCACACCCAGCAUCUACCACAUCUCCAGUACCAGGUCGCGCACUGUGCGCAAACUACCAUGCACCUCCAGCCUGGCCACCCGACCCCUCCGCCCACCCCGGUGCCAAGCCCCCACCACCAACAGAACAACCUGCCCGGCGGAUCGAUGAAGAUAAUGGGUGGCAACGACCGGGGAAAGACCAAAAAGCAAAUCGACAAGAACAGUCCAGAAUAUCGCUUGCGGAGAGAGCGAAACAAUGUCGCCGUGAGGAAGAGUAGGGACAAGGCGAAAAUGCGCAAUGUGGAGACGCAGCAGAAGGUGAUAGAGCUGACGUCUGACAACGACAGACUGCGCAAGAGAGUGGAGCAUCUCACGCGUGAACUGGAGACUUUAAGGGGCAUCUUCCGGCAGCUCCCCGACGGCUCUUUUGUCAAAGCCAUGGGGAACUGUUCGUAAAAAUGAACCUGAAGUUCGUAGGACUUAUCAAACUGUUUUAAUUGUAUCUUGUUGGAUCUUCGCCAUAGAUCUGACAGAUUCUCUAAAGGAGCAAGGCAGCUGAAAUAUACAUGUAUGUGCCUUUUGUACAAAACAAUAAGCUCGUUUUCUCAAACAUUUAGUUGUGUAUACUGUGUAAACAGUGGAUGUGCGAUUGUCUUUUGCCUUAACGUAACGAUAUGCUUGAAUGUGUGUUUUUAGCUAUGCAAAACAUAUCAGUGCAUCAAACUCUAGGCUAUAAAUUUCAUUUUAAUAUGUCUCGUUUUAAACAGCAUUUUUGGAUGUCCUUUCUACUCGAAAUCGAAUAUGAGCUGUUUCGUUUUGAACUAUAUUAAACUGUCCACAAAAGUCUAUAGUGCUUUCAGGUGGCGCGUUUUUCCCCAAAACUGGAUAGAUAAGUGCAGAGAUUCGUAUUUGAUAUGUUUUGACCCCGAAUUAAAUCAAGCUGUUUUAGCUUUAUGGUACAAAACACCCUUUCUUACAUUAUGUCAUAAAAUUGAUUUGAUAUUUUUGGGAAGUGUUAGUCUGAAUUAUAUGCCAAAGUAAAGGACUGGAACGCAACUGCAAUACUGUGGUAUCUGCUUGAUAUAAGCAGUUUGUAUUAUGCACUAUAUGUCGUCAAAAUGCGGCGAAUAAAGCACAUUGUAUUUUGGAAAUUGCCAUUGGCUCGGGUACUCCUAUAUUGAACGCCUCUCAGUGCGAGCUUUAUAGGGUUCAAGCUUUAUAGGGUUCAAGCUUUAUAUUAAUGCUGUAUUUUUCAAAAUGUGAAAGGUGCAUCUAAUACAACGUCUGUUGCCGAAUUCAUGAUUUUUCUACACGGAGCUUUCUCACUCGAUUUCAGUGAGGUACUGUUUUAAGCCUGAUAUCUAGAGUAGGACGAACUGUAUUUUUUUAAACGAUCAUACUAGGGCAAUAGUCGGAAUUCAGUGUCGGUUGCUCUCGUCUUUUCACUGGUUGAAUGUUUUCAUUCUACAAAUAUACAGUAAGAAAAAAAGCACUUUUUUUUACAAAUAUCAUAUUGCCAAUGUAAUACAAAUGUUUAAAUACAUUCUAAUUGUAAAAUGAACAUUAUAUAUGCCAAAAAAAUCAUGAAUUCUAAUAAAGAACAUUGUUACAAUGUC